ACACCUUACUGAAAAGAUGGAAAUGGCAUCAUGUAAGCAAGUCAUAUCUAACAAGGCAAAGUUCCCAAGCAAAUGUUCAUGUGAAGUAAUAUCAGCAGCUAACUAGGAUAAGACAUUCUUCUCAUGUUGUUACAGCUAAACCCCUAAAACCUCAAUAAUCUACUUAUAAAAUGCUAAAGCCUCAAGCAUACUCAAAAUGCAGAUUUAUAAUCUCCGAGUCAGCACUUUCGAAAAAAAUAAAUAAACUAAAAAAAAGUCGUUAUCUACCAACCAGUAGCAAAUCAAAAUGUGGAACCGCUUCUUUUUUACCUUCAAAAUCACAAUAAACAAACAUUCAAGGUAAGCAAUCCUACUCAGAAAAAGUAUCCCUAUCUGUUUUUGGUGAGAGAUGGGAUUGAAGAUUGGUGAGGGGCCACUGUCAUUGAAAUUUGAUGUGGCUCUUACAAAUUAGAAUGAAAGUAGUACCGUGCCAUUUGAUAACUUGAUACCACUGCAAUCGUCAUGAAACAAAAGAACAUUUUGAGUUCGUUUUCUUUCUUUCUGGGAAGGUGCAGGAGGAAGAAAAGCACAGCGUGACCCAGAUGAUCAUUGAAGGGAAAAAAGGCAUAAACUAAUAUUCUCCCAGCACCCAUUUGCAAUGUUUAUAUAAUAUUUUAAACGCAAGUCCCAAAAGCGAAGAAAGCUACAAUUUUUAACUCUGGGAAUCCACAGGCAAUUUGAAUUGGGAAUAGGGUUUCAACAAUUAAACAAGUGGAAGUCAAAUUUAAACGGAGCUCACGAUGUGAAGAAUAAUAUUAAUGCAUAGUUGAUCGAUGAUUAUUCUUCUCUCCCAAACCCACAUGUCUUCGCAGGAAUCGAAUCCGGCCCUUUAAUAGAGUGAAUCUUUGAGGAAACGUCAAAGAAAGAGCCUUGAGUGAAUCGAUAUGGCAAUUACAAUUACCAUAGAAUCAACCAACCCACCAUGGUGGAAAGUCCUCCUAAAUUCAAAUUCACAUUUAUCUUCUUCAUCAUCUUCUCCCUCUCUCUUGGCUUAGUUUCCUUCUCCUUGUGCAUAGCCUCUGAGAUUAAGAGGAACAAGAAGGAGGAUCUCAGAUGGAAUGGGAGACUGUGUCAUUUACCGUCAAGUCCAGCAUUUGGAUUGGGAAUUGCAUCAUUGGUUUGUUUGGCUUUGGUGCAGAGCAUUGGGAAUUCUAUAUUGUUCAAGAAUUGCUGUUCAGGAGGGAAAAGAAACGCUCGGUUUAAGAUACCUAUCGUUGCAAGGAUUCUGCUUUUGAUCUCUUGGGUUGGGUUUGGAAUUGCAGUUAUUUUAUUAAUUGCUGCGACAAGCAUGAGCAAAAGGCAAGCAUAUGGGGAAGGGUGGUUGAAAGGUGAAUGCUACCUUGUCAAAAAAGGGACAUACGCUGGUUUAGCCAUAUUGAUUUUAGUUACAGUAGGAUCAUUAAUUGGUUCAGGGUUGUUAACAAUGAAGACCAAUAAGGCAGAUCAAGGUCACAAAAUACACGCACAAACGGGUGAAACUAGGGAUUAAAGAGUUUGUAAAUGGAAAGCAUAUAGUAAAAUGCAGAGUCAGAGUUUUGGUGCAAACCAAGGAGCUAUAAAUUGGAUUGAGGAUCAUCAACUACUGUAGAAAGAAGCCUUAAAUGUUGCAUAGACCAACGACAGAAAGAAAGUGCUGGAGGCAACAAAAAACGUUUGAAUUGUCUGUCAAAUUUCGUGAGGAGUAACUACAUUUUUUUCGACUUACAUGAUACGAAAGAGACAUUUGUUUUGUAUACAUUCUCCCCGAGGUAGAAACUGCCUCAUACAGGAACUCAUUUUGGAUCCCA